CAGUCUGGUGGAGAGGGCGGGGGCCAUGCGGGGCGAGGUGCCGCCGGUGCCUCAAUUGCCCAGUUGGCGCCGUGAGCUCACCCGCAGAAAAUGUGUGUGAGAGGCGCGGUGGGAGGCAGCGAGCAGCGUGUUUGAGUGAGUGACGGAGGGCGCGAGGGCGUGAGGGCGUGCGAGCAGUGGAUCAGACGGCUCGAGUGUGAUUACGAGUGUUGCUGCCUUGCUGUGUUACAAGUGCCAUGACGCCCUGGCUAGUGAAGGGCGGCCUGGGCACCCUGGCAGCGUGAGGGCGUGGGAAAGUGACCGCCGUGGUGGUGGUGGUGGUGGUGUUGUGCUCUGACUGUGUGUGUGGUGUGUGCGGGCGCCGCGGACCCGCUAACUCGCCGCCAUGACCACCUUCUGCAGGAUCACCGGCUGUGCCCGGAACCUGCCCAAGCCAUGCUACUUCCCACUCCUGCCGCCCAUCUCCCCCGCCGAGGCCAAGAAGCUGUGCAAGAUCACAGGCAAGGCCACGGACCUGCACAGCUUCAGUCCCAUCUUCGCCUUCGGCAAGCCAGUGCGGCACGAGGGCGUGGAGGGCUGCCGUAUCACGCGCCAUGAGGACUUCUCCUUCGUGCGACCGCUGCUAUUCAAAAACAAAGACAAUGAAAGCUCCUUCUCCUACCUGGAGGAGGUCCUGCAGCGGAUGCGGGAGCGGCUCAAGGGCAAGACUGACACGACCAAGGAGUUUGUGUACCACAUGACGGAUCAAAAGACGAGCCUGUUGGUAUCCGCCGAGAUGGAGGAGGCCAUCAAGACGGGCCACUUCGAGACUGUGUCCAUGAGUAAGGACUCCAAGCGCGUCAACAUCAAGCUGCACCAAGGCCGCAUCGUCAAGCUGGACCUGUCCACCUUGGCGGCCGAGGAGUCGGAAGCUCUGGACAUUACCUGCGGCGAGGGCCCGAACAAGAAGGUUCUUAAACACCAACAGAAAAUCUUGGAGGAGAGAAGGAAACGCAAAUCCAACACUCUGGCCCGCAAGAGCCAGUUCGAGGCGCUGGAGGCCAAGGCGGAGGCCGAGGAGCUGAGGGACUCCGUCAGGCCAAUCAAGCCUCGCGUCAAGUUCAACGCCAAGCAGCGCGCCGAAAAGCUGGCCAGGAUGGAGGCCAUGCUGAAGGAGCAGCAGGAGAACAAGGCCAUCCUGCUGCCCAAGGUGACGGACACACGCAAGCCCCGCGACGAGGAGCUGCAGUACGAGAGGAUGCUAUCUGACCUGGGCCAGGCGCAGACCAAGUCCAUCACCUUGGCCGCCGUGUCCUCGGGAUUCAACUGGAAGGAGGCGCAGGAGGCGGAGGACGCGGGCUUUGACUGGGACAGCUUCCCGCACGAGGAGUGGGUGGACCCGCUGGAGGUGACGGAGACGAGUGUGGCGCGUCAGGAGGUGGUGAAGGGUAACGACGUGGCCAACCUGCAGGUGGUGGUGUCCGUGGAGACGGUGCGACCCGCGCUGCCCAUGCCGCAGGAAACGGCGCGCGCAGUGUGCAACCUGCUGGAGGAGCAACUCAAGCAGACCGAGGACGUGAGUGACAUCCUACGCGCCGCAAAGGACCCAGACUGCGUGCCGACCUUCCAGGAUAUCUGCCUCAUCGCCGCCGCCAUGGAGGCCGCCGAGGUGGGCUUCCUGGUGCGAGGCGAGGAGGGUGCGGAGUUCGUGCCCAAGGCGGAGUACGUGGCCAGCGACGCCCAGGCAGUGUCCGGGGCGAUGGUGGAGAUCAAUGAGAAGAAGAAGUUCGUGGCGGGACAAAUCCUGCAGGUGGGCGACAAGGAGUCCUUCGUGGCGGGCCAGACGGUGGUGACGCCGCAGGGCAAGAAGUUCGUGCCAGGCCAGACCAUCAUCAACAGGGACGGCGAGGUGAGCCUCGUGCCGGGCCAGUGCGUCAAGAGCGCAGAGGAUGAGACCAUCCAGUUCGUGGCUGGCCAGGUGUUCAGCGGACAAGGGGGACCCAAGUUCGUGGCGGGCCAGGUGAUGGACCUCGGGGACGGGCAGCAGAGCUUCGUGGCGGGCCAGACAGUCGUCACCGAGGACGGACCCAAGUUCUGUCCAGGCGAGGUGACGGUGAACGCAUAUGGCGAGGACAUGUUCGUGCCGGGCUUGGUCAUGCCCACCACGGAGGGCGCUAAGUUCGUGGCGGGCCAAGCUUUCCCCACAGAGAGCGGCCUGUCCUUCACGCCGGGCCAGAUCAUGGACACCAUCGAGGGCCCGUCUUUCGUGCCGGGCCGGACCUUCAACACGCCCGAGGGGAAAAAGUUCAUCAAGGGCGACCUGGUGGAGGACGAGGCCGGCCAGAUAACAUUCGAGCACCGGCCCUUCGCAGAGAGCGAGCGCGUGAGCGAGUGGCUGGUCAUUCCUAACAGCGAGCUGCAGCCGCUGGCCGUGGCGCAGCGCACCGUGGUGGGCUUCAUCGUCAACCCCACCAACACCGACAACGUGCAGGCCGGCGACCAGCUGUACGGCGAUAUGGUGGAGACAGCGGACGCCGUGCAGUUCUAUUUGUCAGGAAAGCUGCCCAAGGAGCUGUCGCCCGAGGCCAAGGUCAUUCCUGGGCGCCUGGUGGUGACGGAGCAGGAUCAGCGCUUCGUGCCCGGCAGGAUGAUGGCGGGCGAGGGCGAGGAGGCCGAGAAGUUCGUGCCGGGCCAGACGGUGUCCACCACGCACGGCGAGGAGUUCAUCCCGGGCCAGAUCGUGGAGAGCUGCGAGGGGCCAAAGUUUGUGCCGGGUCAGAUGGUUGCGACGGCGCACGGCGAGAAGUUCGUGCCGGGUCAGGUGAUCGUGGAAGACGAGGGGCCAAAGUUCGUGCCGGGACAGAUCAUCCAGACCAAGAACGGCGCCACCUUCAUACCGGGCCAGAUGAUGAACACAGACGAGGGCCAGCUGUUCGUGCCGGGCCAGCUGGUGGAGACCAACACCGGGCCGCGCUUCGUGCCGGGACAGGUGGUGGAGAGCCCCGACGGGCCGAAGUUCAUUCCUGGCAACAUCAUCGAGACCGAGGAGGGACUCAAGUACGUCCCGCCAGAUGCAGACGAGAUCGACGAGGAUUUCGAGAUCUCGUUCCAGGGGUUCGAGGUGAGCGAGGAGGAGCUGGCGCUGCUCAUGACGCACCCGACGGACGCGAGGCCUCACUCUACGCUGCUGAACGGCGAGUGUCUCAUCGACACAGACACACUCAAGAAGCUGGCGGUGGACACCAUGGUGGUUCACGGCACCACGCCUGAGCCACAGCACCAGGAGAAGAAGAAGAAGAAGAAAAAGAAGAAGUCUCGAGUCCAGCUGGAUGUGAUGGAAGAGGAGGCGGAGGAGGAGGUGGAGGAAGAGGACGAGGGCACGGACAGGGUGGAACUACUGGUGGAGCUGGUGCGGGCUGGCUCCUGCAUCUCCGAGGCGCGGCGGGAAAAGGAGAUGGAGAAACUGGCGGCCAUGAUGGGCGAGGAGGGCGAGCACGAGAACCACGCCACGGUGCAGGUGGAAGCCAUCAGCCGCGUGCUGGCCUCCAACAGCAGGGCGGCGGCCGUGGUGCGUGCCUUCCUGGGCCAGGACGAGGGUGUCAUCGCCAAUAUCAUCCACUACAUGGUGGACACUGACGACAUCAAGAGGAACGACCAAGCGCGCCACGCGCUGCGCAAGACUGUGCACCGCGUGGUGACGCGCCGCUGCGACAAAGAGAUUGACGACAUGGUGGAGAUGCUGAGCGACAGCCCCGAGAGUCUGCUGACGGACGCACGCACGCAGGUGCUGCUGACGGAGGCUGUGGGCGUGGUGUGCGUCACCGGCAACGUGGAGGUUGCCGCCAUGCUGGAGAAGUUCAUCUCGGAGCCCUCGGAGCCUGACUCGCUGCGGGACAACCCUGACGUGGUGUCGGUGCUGCGGCAGCUGAUCGUGCUGCACCAGAUCGCCGAGCAGGACCCGGAGGUGGCCCGCAUGCUGCAGGUGCUGCAGACCAAUCCAGAGGGAUUCAAAGACCGCAAGAGGAUCCGCGAGCUGCUGCGAGACGCCAACCUGCUGCUGCAGAUGCCCAAGAAAGCCAAGGCGACAGAAGACGACGACGACGAGGACGACGACGACGAAGAAGCCUCCAGGAGGUUUGACCUGCGCCACGUGGCGUCGUCCAAGGACAUCCCCAAGGAGAUGUUCGAGCAGCUCAAGGAGGACAGACACACGGCCAGCCGCUUCAUUGAGGAACUGCCUGACGAGCUGUUCAAGCAGAUCCUGCAGGACCAGCGGUGCGGCGAGAGCCUCAUCGCCUCACUCAACGAGGGAUGCACGGACGCGGUGCGGGGCGAGCUGGACAAGUUCAAGAAGGGUAUGGCCAUCGUGGUCACCAAGGAGAACAUGCAAGCCGUCAUCCCGCGGGAGUUUUCGCGCUCCGUCUGCUACGGCAUCGUGCCCUACCUGCUCAUCGACGAGGAGGGCAUCAAGUUCUUCGAGCGUGGCCUGACGGGCCGCAAGCUGGCGCCGGCCAGGGUCAUCGAGAACACCUGGUACAUGAGCGACGUCUACUACGACAAGAAGCCUACCUAUGAGAGGACGCUGUCAGGAGAGAAGUAUCUCCUGCCGUUGCCGGGACGCCAGCGUCGCUCAGGGCGCCAGGAGCUGCUGUACACCUCGCUGCUACCGUCUGCCGGCCCCACAAAGCUGCCCUUCAACGAGGCUAACGGCGACCUCGACGACCCCGCCUCCUACAGCAGGUCCUCCAGAGCGGGGUCCAUCUGGAGUGACGCAGAUCCCACCUCCGUCAGCCUCUCCCGCCGCGGCACCCUGGACAUGUCGCGGCGCGGCUCAUGCAGCCUGGCCGAGGACGGGCUGGAUCUUGAGCCCAGUGUCAUCUACCGCCGCCCCACCAAGGAAGAGAAGGAGGAUUGCGGCGUGGACUACAGCCCCGUGGUGCCCUUCAAGCCCGUGGUGCUGGAGGACGUGAGCGACUCGGCGCCGCUCUGCCGCUCAGACACCGUUGCCAAACUAUUGGACAAAUACUCUAAUUUUUCCGUGAGGCGAGAAUUUGGCCCAGGCGCGCGCGCUGCCAACUCCCGCAGCAAGAAGGCGCGCGACGCCAACGGCGUGCAUGAGAAGCACAAGAGCAGGAAAGGUAAGCGUGAACACCGCGGUGAGCGUGGUGAGCGUGGUGAUCGCGGUGAGCGUGUGGGCAAGGAUGGGUACACAGCGUCGGAGCGUGCCCUGCUGCCCUCCAAGACCAAGGGCAAGGCCAAGGAGGACCUGCUGGCCAUCACGUUCCCCAAGGAGCGCUCACGCUCCACCACGCCGCUCUCCUCCAGGGACUCCAGGGCUGACCGCAACGACUAUGGCCUGAACGGCCUCGCGGAGCUAGAGCGCGAGCUGGACGCGCUGCCGCGCCGCAGCACGCGUGUGUCGCGCAUCAUCGAGGAUGACGAGGAGGAGGAGAACGAGGACAAGUCCAUCCUGCCCGUGCCGCGCAGGAAGCAGUUGCCCAGCGUGCUGCAAGACAUAGACGACCCAGACGACGACAGGACGCCGCUGCAGAAGUACAGAGACCGCAAGGCGCGCGAGUCGGAGGGCGGUGCCUGGGACGCCGACGCCAGGGCGAGCAGUGUGCUGAGGGAGAGGAGCGUGGCGCCACCCCCUGCACUGGGACCCCUCGCACCCAGGGUGGGCGGCGGCUACGGCGGCGGCGGCGGCGGCGGCUACGGGGGAGGCGGUGGCUAUGGCGGGACUUAUGGUGGUGGUUAUGGUGGCUACGGUGGGGGAGGGUAUGGAGGAGGCAUGGGGGGAUACAGGGGUGGGGGGUAUGGCAUGGGUGGCUAUGGCGGAGGGUAUGGAGGAGGCGGAUAUGACAGAGGGUACGGCGGCGGGUUUGGAGGUGGAGGCUAUGGCGGAGGAUACGGAGGGUAUGGCGGGGGUUACGGUGGUGGGUACGACAGAGGGUACGGGGCCGGCUAUGGCGGGGGUUAUGGCGGGGGUUACGGCGGCGGGGGUUACGGCGGCGGGUAUGGCCGCGGCUAUGGCGGAGGGUACGGCGGGGGUUAUGGAGGUGGCUAUGGGGGCGGGUACGGCAGGGGCGCGCCGGGCGAAGGUCUUGGUGGCAGCUUCGCGAACCGCUACCUUGGGGGUGGCGCGCCCCUCGUGACACCAGCGUUCGGGGGUGCGGGAGGCCCCGGGUACGGCAACCCACCGCCUCCUGGGGACACCUUUGGGGCCUCGACGGGGCUGGGUGCCACCACGGGGCCCGGAGCCACGCCCACUCUGGGCACCACUCCCACCGGAAGUUUGGGUGCCUCGCAGCUGCCGCCCGCGUCCACGCUGUCGCCUUUCAUGGGCGAUGACGCGCGAGGCGGGCGGGAGCGCCGCAGCGUGACGCCCCUGGACGACGAUCGGUCCCGCGCCAAGCACAUCGCCAAGCAGUACGUGACGGGCGGCAAGCAGCGCUCCACCUGCCCCGCCGUCAACCGCAUCCUGGGCGACGACGACGAUGACUUCGACGCCGCCGACGACAACACCAACGGCGACAUCGACGAGCUGUCGUCCGAGGAGGCGUAGUCACGUCACGCCUCACUACACGCCACCACUGCGUCAGUGGGCGUCAGCGGACUCCGCCGCCGUCGCCGCCGCCGCCGCGGCAUGAGAACAGUUGUUAGCGCUAAUGACGACGAACAAUUCCAUGUCACAUCUCACUCUAGUGUUCUACUAAUGUUCUUUUUGUAUGGUAUUCUGAUAAUUGUAGGAGUAAUGGACGCUAGGAUAAGUUUGUAAAGAUACACUAAUAUCAUUAAGUGAUUACUACCACACUGUCAUGUCGCCGCACUGUCAACCGUUACCGUCAUAAUGUUGUUGUUGUUGUUGUUGUUGUUGUUGUUGUUGUCUGUUGGUCGCGUCAUCACCGUCACUGCUGCGCUGCGUUACGUCACGCCUUCGCCGUGCGCUGCUGCUGCUGCCUCUCAUCCACACCCCUACUCAAGCCCUGCACCACCCCUGCCCCUCAUCCACACCAUGCCGCACCCUUUCCCCAUCAUAUGCACCCCUGUGCCCAAGCCCUGUCCGCCAUCCACACCCUGCACCCUGCACCCUGCCCACCAUCCACACCCUGCACCCUCUCCGUCAUUGAGCCCCGUGGCCAAGCCUUCACUAGUUCAUCCUUGCAUAGUCACUUUGGGCGAUGCUUUGGUGGCGCCUCACGUGCCGCUCACUGGCUCACCAUGUCUUGACGUCACCACCACCACCAACACCACCACUACCACUACCACUGGCUGGUGCCUCGGUGACGUCACCUUACUGUUGGUUCAAGCAGCGAGGACGUCACCAGCCCGGAAAGGUCACGCCACCACUCUUUUUUAAUAUUAUUUUGGACCUUAUGACCUCAUAGAUAUUAUUUUCUUCAUUUCCCUUCCACGUGUAGCAUUAAGUGUUGACAUAUCACCGCGGGGAGAGUGGGCGGGGCGGGGUGUUGCUGGCACGGGCGGCCCAUCACACCACACCACACCACCACCACCACCACCACCACUACCACCACCACCGUCCCACAUCCGUCCAUCGCCCAACCACGUCAAACAAACUUGCCUCGCCUCUCACAACACCAAUAAAUAAUAAUAAUAAUAAUAAUAAUAAUAAUAAUAAUAAUAAUAAUAAUAAUAAUAAUAAUAAUAAUAAUAAUAAUAAAGUCUUAAAAUACAGUGAAUAAUAAUAGUGAGAGAUAAACAAAUAAAUAAAAUGAUAUAGAAAUAAAUGUGAAAAAUCAAAGUAAUCAUAAAUAAAUAAUAAAAAAACAUUUACUUAAAAAUAACAAAAAAAAAUAAAUAAAUAAAACUAAACAGAAAAAAACAACUCAACAAAGAGAAAAAAAGAGAGAGAGAGAGAAUGAGAAAAGAGAUAGAGAAAAAGAGAGAAAAUAGAGAUAGAAAAUAAAAAAUAAAAAAGAUGGCCGUCUUCCAGCAAAACCCCGCCCUUCAAUAGAAAACGUACAUGUCCGUCCCUAUUGUGUGUACGUGUGUGUACGUGUGUGUGCGUGUGCGUGUGCGCGUGUAUGUACGUGCGUAUGUGCGUUUGUAGUCUUUGUACACGCUCGUGAUGAAAGAUUGGUGUAAAAUUUUUCAUUAUUCAUUAAAAAUCGGUGAAUCUGG